AUGCAAUGUGCGCCAUGGUUGGCAACUUUCUUGGCUGCAUCCCUGAUUUGUUGGGUCAGUUAUGAAGGUUAUGUGGCCAGGACUCAACGGCACUUCCUUUUGAGGGAUGUGCCUAUGGCGGUGUCCACUCCGCCCAGUACGCCCAGUACGUCCAGUCCGUCCAGUCCGCCCUCGUUUCCGCUCCCAGUGCUCGACAGCAUCUUCAAACCGGCCCAAGGGAAAGGAGAUACCUUCGCCGUGGUGUCUCGCAUGUGGCGUGGAGAUCUGCCCUUUUUGGAGAGCUGGCUGCGUUACUACUUUCUUCAGUUGAGAGUGAACCGCGUCUACGGCAUACUGACAGAGCAAAGUGAUCUUGCACCUUUGAGAGCUUUGAGCCUUCGUGCAGGUUUCGGGAAUCAGCUGCAGCUCUGGGUGAAGGAUCUCACGCGCCAAAGUAUAGAUACUACUGUCUUCGACGCAUCGCAGAUACCCGAAACCUUCAUCUUGUCCAUAGACACUGAUGAGUUCGUUGCCCUUCCCGUUGGUCAGAGCCUUCAUUCCGCCAUUGCCGCCGAGCCAUUCGCAGAUAUCUUCCAUUUGAAAUGGCGGUGCGCGCCCAACGAUACUCUGACAGAGGAGCUCAUUCCACGGGUGGGCUUGAGAUGUCCGGGUCACAAGGUCAUGUUCCGUACCAGCCGUUUCAAAUCCUUCGCCGGUCCUCACAAUAUCACUUGUCGAAGGAAGUGUAAGGGAGCCCGCAAACAGUUGGUGCUGAUUCAUCUCUGGUAUCGUGGAGUCUAUGAUGCCCUGUUUCGACAAAGCGCCGGGCAUACCCAAAGCAGCUUCAGCGACCGAAACACGGGAGUGGAGGUUGUCAUCGCAGAUUUGCGAAGAGGAACGCUGCCACAGAGACUAAAGCAUUUGGCCAUGGGAGCUGUAUGCCAAGAGUGGUUGGGACCGCAAACACGGAACCCAAAGAUAUUUGAACUUCGGGAUCUCUAUGGAGAUCCAAUGCCAGAGGGCACAGUCAUUAAUCCACCCGACGUCUUCAUGAACCAAACAGAGCAGCUAAGGCAGUUGGAGCCGUUAGGGAUUGAUGAAGACCUUCGCAAGACAGCAGUACAAGAGUAUCAUCAGUUCAAAGCUGUUUUCACCGAGGCUUUACACAAGAUGAUUUGCAACCCUGAAUUCUUUUGCACUCGACCCAUCAUGCCCAUGAUUGAAUAUGCCAAGAAUAUGACCCUCGGUUUUAUGCUGAAUUUCCGGGGUCCUUGCAAAAAAAUCACGAGGGCGGUGUGA